AUGAUCGCCAUGCUGGUUGGGGUCACUGGGCUGAGCUCCUUCAGCGGCUUUGCUCCCAUGAUGGCCAAAGCCGUGGUGUCUGCCAAGUCCAUGAAGCAGGUGGGGGUUAUGGCCACUGCACGGGUCAUCGAGCGCCCGCUCUACACGAAGGAAGAACUUCCGGUGCAGCUUGAAACCGUGGAGACGAUCGAGUUCCGGAAUGUCAGCUUCCGCUACCCGACCAGGCCGGACAAGUGGGUGCUCCAGAAGUUCAGCUUCCGUGUGGAGAAAGGUCAAAAGAUCGCCUUUGCAGGGGAAAGUGGUUGUGGAAAGAGCACGACGAUCCAACUGUUGGAGCGCUUCUACGACCCAUGUGAGGGUGAGGUCCUCGUGAACGGGAUCCACCUCAGCCAGGUGCCAGCCAAAGCAUGGCGGAAGCUCAUCGGAUAUGUUGGGCAAGAGCCUGUCCUUUUCGCAACGACUGCCAUGAAGAACCUCAAAGCCGGCGACGAUUCCAUCAGCGACGAGCAAGCCUUGGACGCAGCUAAGGCAGCCCAAAUUUAUGACACUUUGAUUGAGCUUCCAGAGCAGUUCGACACGUUCGUGGGCUCUGGUGGUGGGCUUCUGUCUGGUGGCCAGCGACAACGGCUUGCCAUUGCGAGAGCUCUAGCGAAGAGUCCCCAGAUCUUGCUGCUGGAUGAAGCCACCUCUGCCCUCGACAACGAGUCGGAGCGUAUGGUGCAGGCGACACUGGACUCCCUGGGCACAGCCCUUGGAAAUAGCGUUACCACUAUCUCCAUUGCCCACCGGCUCACGACCAUUAAGGGCUCCGAUGUCAUCUAUGUUCUCAAAGAUGGACGUUGUUGUGAACAGGGCUCCCAUGAAGACCUCCUGGAGCUGCGAGGCGAGUACUACAGCAUGGCCAAGCUACAGCAAGCAACCCGGGACGACAAGGACGGGGAGGAGAACCCCAACAACCCCAACGAUGUGUUCGUCCCUCCUCCGGAGGGAAACAACGAGGCAGGAAUGCAGAAGCCUGCCCGGCGAAGUGGAAGUGCGAUUAGUUUCCUUGAGACGGCUCUCGCGUUGGAUGGGAAUGGCAAGGGGGCACGGGGAGGCAGCACAGUCAGCGAACUGGGACAGGGAGUCUAUAAGAUUAGGUGGAUUUGGCCGCUUGCCUUUCUGAUCGUCGUGAUCCAGGCAGCAGCUUUUCCCUUCCAAGCCGUGUUUUUCAACGCCGGGAUCGUCGCACUGUUUAAUACAGAGGGCAUCGACCUUCACAAGCUGGAUGAGGCAUGUUUGGGCCUGGUGCUGGUUGGCUUGGGCUCCGGGGUGGCGGUCCUUUGCCAGAACUCGCUGUUCACCUACUUGCAGGAGUCCCUUUGCUUGAUUCUGCGCAAAGCAGCUUUUGCCAGCACCAUCCGCAUGGACAUGGCCUUCUUCGACGCGCCGGAGAACCAGACGGCAAGCAUUCUGGUGUCCCUCGAAAGGCACAUGAAUCGUGUGGGGCAGAUGCUCGGCAUCCAGCUCGGAAACUCCGCCGGCGCCAUUUUUACCUGCAUUCUCAGCAUCGGCUUUAGCUUCUUUGGCUCCUGGAUUUUGGCUGUGGUCCUUCUAGGUCUGCUGCCCAUUUGUGGCUACAUCGGCUUCAAAGUGGCCAGCUGCGCCUAUGCCAGGGCUGGAAAGUUCACCGCAGAGGCUGCCACUUCAAUCCGCACCGUCAGGGCCCUGGGUGCAGAAGAGCAUACUCUCAGCAUUCUCCGGGAAUCCAUGCAAUACGUCUUGCAGUCCAACGCUGCGAAGUCUUGGAAGUUGGGCCUUUCCGUCGGCCUGAACCUAGCGCUGAUCCAGGUUAUUUACUUGGCGGGCUUUUGGAUCAGUGCCGUCUGCAUCCAGUUCUGGCAGUUCGACGCGCACCAAGUGCUCCUUACCCUCUUCUGUGUGGUAUUUGGCGUUGCAUCGGUGAGCUCCAUAGUUCAGUUCAUCCCGGAGUCGGCAUCAGGAUAUUAUGCCGCCAUGGAGGUCUUCCGCCUCGUCGACCAGGUGUCCCAGAUCGAUGCUACACAACCGACGGGACGGAUUGAGACCUUCGGAGAUGGGUCCAUUGAGUUCCAGAGCGUAAACUUCUGGUACCCCCACCGUUCGGAGGUUCGGGUGCUCAAGAACUUGAACUUUACCAUCGAGAAGGGCCAGUCGGUAGCCCUUGUCGGCUUCUCCGGGAGCGGCAAGUCCACAGUGAUUCAGCUCCUGCAGCGCUUCUACGAUCCCCAAGCGGGUGCCAUCCUAGUGGGCGGCCAGGACCUGCGUCAACUCAACGUGGCAUGGUGGCGCCAGCAGUUGGGCAUCGUCGGUCAGGAGCCAGUGCUUUUCGAUAUGUCCCUUGAAGAGAACGUGAAGUACGGCUAUCCGGAGGCAACGGAUGAAGAGGUCCGAGAUGCAGCCAAGGCUGCGAACAUGGACUACAUCUUCUCAGGCGCUGUGCAGUGGAGCGAUCGCGUUGGCCUCCGAGGGGAGAAGCUUUCUGGCGGUCAGAAGCAGCGCUGCGCCAUCGCGAGAGCCCUACUUCGAAAGCCUCAGUUCAUGCUCCUGGACGAGGCGACAUCAGCGUUGGACUCUGUGUCGGAGAACCUGGUGCAGCAGGCGAUGCAAGAAGCUCGGGUAGGCAAGACAACCAUCACCGUGGCACACCGCCUCUCUACCAUCCAGGACUCAGAUAAGAUCUUCGUUUUCUCCAACGGCCGACUCCUUGAGUCUGGCACAUACGAGGAGUUGGUCGCGUUGGACGGCAACUUUACGAAGCUCGCGGCUCGCAGCCUGUGA